GUGGGGGGGGAGGUCGGUUGGCUUUUGAAAACAGGAGUUUAACGACUUGUCCACGUGUCCUUGACAAACGGACGAAGAUGGGGCUUUUCAGUUUCGUGUUCAGUAUUUUGGGAUUUGGUGUCGGUCUUCUGGCGGGGCUGAUAAUUGGUUACUUCGGAUUUAUAUACAAACUCCCCACGGACGUUAAGAAAGCAGAUGUGAAGGCGGUUGUGGACGUGGACGAGAAGGUGCUGAAGCGCAUGCUUCCAGAAAUACCACUGUGGGUAAAGAUGCCGGAUUAUGACAGGGUUGAUUGGUUAAACAAGUUUCUCAAAGAACUUUGGCCUUUCUUGGACAAGGCAGUGUGUAAGACUGUGAAAGAGAUUGCGAUACCAAUCAUAGAAGAAAAGAAGCCUCCUCAAAUUCAAUCUAUCACGUUCGCUGAGCUAACUCUUGGGGAUCUUCCUCCAAUGCUCUCCGGAGUGAAGGUCUAUGACACUGUGGAUAAGGAAAUGAUCAUUGAACCUUUCAUUAAAUGGGCUGGGAAUCCCAACAUUGUCAUUGCGGUGAAGGGCUACGGAGUUACGGCAACCGUUCAAUUGACAGAGGUGACUGUUUGCAUGCAAGUCCGGGCAACAUUCAAGCCGCUGGUGGAUGUGUUCCCUUGCUUUAGCAAAAUCUAUGUGUCCCUUAUGCAAAAGCCAGAGAUAGACUUUUCCCUGAAGCUACUGGGAGGUGAUGCAAUGGCGAUCCCAGGGUUGGCGGCCUAUGUUCAGGAAGUAAUCAAGGACAUUGUUGCAGAUAUGUUGUUAUGGCCAAAAUCCAUGCAAGUCUUCGACCUUAAUAUAGAGGAUAAGAAGAAUCUCGGCCUACUCUACGUGAAGGUUCUCUCCGCAAAGGGACUGAAGAAUCUGGAAAAUAUUGGGAAAUCAGACCCAUUGGUGGCGGUAUCGCUUGGUCCCCCCCAUUCAGGAGAGAAGAAAACAAAUCCCAAGAUGGGAACCCUCAAUCCUGUUUGGAACCAAGAUCUUCUUCCGUUUACUGUCAUGGAUGCCGAGACAACCAUCAAGUUUGAAGUUAGGGACUUUGAAAGGGUCAUGCGAGACCGGCCCAUGGGGGUUGCGACUUGCCCAUUGAAGAGUCUCACGCCCGGUGAGAAGACACAGCUGUCAUUGGAGUUGAAGAAGAAUCUCAACCCAGAUGACCCUGCAAAUCAAAAGUCACGGGGUGUGCUGAUUGUGGAGGUCAGGUACCAGCCCUUCCUCAGUGAACAAUCUGAAGCUGGGGACACAGGAGCAGCCGGCGAUAGCGGCGGCAGUGAUGCUGGCAACAAUACCCCUGCGAGGAUUGCUGGCGGCUCAAACUCGUUAUCCAGAGGCAUAACAGGUGGUAGUGGGAUCCUAGUGAUUGAAGUUCAUGCAGCAGAGGACCUGGAUGCCAAGAACAACUGCAAUGCCAUGUGCAAGAUCACAGUCAGGGGAGCGACUGCCGACAAGACAAAGACAGUGAAGAGGAACAACAAUCCAAUUUGGGAUCAUCAUUACGAGCACUACUUUACUGAUGCUCCAAGGCCUGACGAGAUGUUAAAGAUUGAAGUCUUUAGCAAGAGCAAGGGGCAGCUUCUUGGUUCCAAGGAAGCGCUCGGCUGGAUAAGCAUCCCUUUGCACGAUGUUGUCACCAAUAGGCGGCUCAAUGAGUGGUAUCAGCUUCAGGAGGCUAGAGGUGCUGGAAGAAUCAAUGUCGAGUUGAGAUGGGAGCCUACAGGGGCCAGUCAAGGGGCAAGAUGGGGAUUUGCAGCACUGGACUACCACAGUGGGCAGAGGGGCAAGAUGGGGAUUUGCAGCACUGGACUGAGGGGUAAGGUGGGGAUUUGCGGCAGCGCAGUGCGCGGUAAGGUGGGGGAACUGUCUGUUAGGUUUCCGAAGGAUAGGCUGGCGGGAAUGGAGGGGUGUAAGGAGGUGGGUGGAGGGGAAAGAGGCAUGCAUUCAGAGGAGAGGGAGGAGAGAAGCAGUAAAGGAGGGUGUUGGAAAGAGUAUGAGGAGGGAUGAAGAAGAUAAGGAUAGGUAAAUAGGUGUGAGGAGUGAGGGAGGCGAGGAGGAAGGGAACUGGUUGAUGAGCAGUGAGGAGAGCCGAGGAGGGAUGAAGAGGAUGAGCAGAGUGAGGAGAAAGGCUGAGGAGGCUGGUUGCUGAGGGGCUAGGGGUGCGGAAGAGGAAAGGUUUGUGGGAAUAGUGAGAAAGAGCAGGAGGGAAAGGGGAGGAGGAGGGUAAACAAGCGCUACCGUCUUCUCGUGAACACAAUGCACCCUCAUUUUGGCUGGAGGCCAGGAAAGAUGGCUUGUAUACAUUCAUUAUCAGGGUGUGUUGUGUUCGGGGGAAGACGGUAAGAUAUGAAAGGGGGCUAUAAAGGACUUCUUCUGUGAAGGCUCAAGGGUGGGGGGCUGCGGACGAAAGAUAAGGAUGACAAUUAAGGUACUAGUAUGCAGGAUGUAAAGGAUUUUUGAGGGGACUAAAGAGGGUCGUGAUGUGGAAUACGAUCGUAGGGGCAGCUCCAACGGACAGAGGCCGAAAGUGCAAGGACCCAUCGUGGCACUGUGUAUCUCGGCAUUUUUCUAAGAGAAGGGGAUUAAACCACCAGUACGUCCGAGCCUCUUUGUCGUGACAAGGAUUGCUGCUGCGUACCAAACAAAAGCGGAAUUGGUGCAGGCGGCGAGGCGUGUUCCUUUUCUUUUUUGCUGUUGCCGCAAGCCACUUUGGUCUCGUAGGCCAUGGCCCUGUCAAUGCGGCAGGUAGACGACCACGUCAGAACAAACUAGCCAGGGUGGUGGGUAAAGGGUACCGAGCGAAGGCCAAGGCCAACAUCGGAAGGCAGAAAGAGAGGAAAGGAACAGUAAGCAGGGAGGGAAGAAAAGGACAGGAGUGAUGGAUGGAGCACAAGUGCCAAUUUAGUUGAAAAUUUGAAACACCUCUCCUUAGGAUUUUCACUUCAGCAUUGGAAUUUGCAAUGCUGAUGGUUCUUGAUACGAUCAUCUAUUACGUUGAGCUAGAUAGAUAGUGGGGGAAAGGCACUCCUGCUGUCCCAUUCUUCCCUUUGUAUAUGUGUGGAUGAGAGAGAGAGAGAGAUGGGAGAGCAGACGGAGAAGCAAAUGGAUGGAUACUGCGAGGAGGCCAGAUGGGUAAGAGGGGGCCUCAGCGACAAAUAAAUGGAGGCAUGGAGAACCGUCUGGUUUGAUGGGAGGGGAAGGGACAGCUGGAUGAACGUAGCAAUGACUGGGAAAGCAAACAUAACAUGUUGGUGAAUGAACUGAUUGAUUGACAAUCUAUCACUGGAUCAGCGGAGGGAGGAGCCUAAUAGCCACCCGUGCACACCAGCGAACGGAGAGACCGAAGGUGGGCCUGCCUUAUCAAUCGGUAAAUUGAUCGGAGCAGGGUUGGGGCAGCAGAAAAAAAAAAAAAAAAAAAAAAGGGUUCGAGCAGCAGGUGGGGGGUAGAUGAAAGGAUGGGCAGAUGAAGGAAGCCAACUGAGUGGUGAAAGAUGUGUGCUAUGGGAGAAGGUGUUGUAGUCUUUCCUCGGUGGCGGAAGUGUCGUUGGGCUUUCUUUUGGAACUGGGAAAAGAGUAUGUGUUUUUGCACAGUCUCUGCACAGAGAAAGAUGGUUGCUUGAUGAGUUGAAAACCCGGCGGUCCACUGACGUAUGUGUCUAUUGGUGGGUAGAUGACUUGAUGCAUGGAUUGGCAGAUGAACCGAUGGAUGAGAAGGACCACGGGAGCGACGGAAUGCUGGAAGACGUGCCGCCAAGGGAUGCUGAAACUAGAUUGCAGCUCAAAGGUGUUGUAUAAUGUACACUUUGUCUCAGUAGUGGCAGUGUUGAUGGGCUUUCAAUUUGCAGAGCUGGAAAAAGAGUAUGUGUUUUGCAGGGUCGUAGCACAGAGAAAGGUCGUCGCACAGAGAAAGACGGUUGCCUGAUGAGUUGAAAACCCGGUGCACUACCAACGCGCUUAGCGCAGUUGGUACACCCAUAAUAAUAAUAAUAAAAAUGUUGAAAAGCA